AUGGUUUGCUCAAGCUACGACGAACAUGGCUUUUCCGAGAGGAUCGAUAGUUUACUUGUUGCCUACAUUGCUGAUAUGGUUGCAGCAAGUGAUGUACAAAUCGAUCUCAUAGCCGUGGCUUUUGGCCUAUCAGAAACAGAAUGCGAGAAAACUCCAGACAGAAUCCGGGGAAGAGCUGGCUUUGAGGAAUUGAAGAGAGAGCGGCCGCUUCGUCGAUGGAAUUUCAUACGG